GGGAUUUCACCAUGCUGAUGUUCAUGGUGGGCAACCUCAUCAUCAUCCCCGUGGGGAUCACCUUCUUCAAGCACGAGACCACUGCGCCCUGGAUCAUCUUCAACGUGGUCUCUGACACCUUCUUCCUCAUGGACCUGGUCCUCAACUUCCGCACAGGCAUCGUGUUAGAGGACAACACUGAGAUCAUCCUGGACCCCAACAAGAUCAAGAGGAAGUACCUGAAGACCUGGUUUGUGGUGGACUUUAUCUCCUCCAUCCCUGUGGAUUAUAUCUUCUUGAUCGUGGAGAAGGGGAUCGACUCUGAGGUGUAUAAAACGGCCAGAGCCCUGAGGAUCGUGCGCUUUACCAAGAUCCUCAGUCUGCUGAGGCUGCUCAGGCUGUCCAGGCUCAUCCGCUAUGUCCACCAAUGGGAAGAGAUCUUCCAUAUGACCUAUGACCUGGCCAGUGCAGUGAUGCGUAUCUUCAACCUGAUUGGUAUGAUGCUGCUGCUGUGUCACUGGGAUGGCUGUUUGCAGUUCCUGGUUCCCAUGCUGCAGGAUUUCCCCCAGGACUGCUGGGUCUCCCUUAACAAGAUGGUGAAUGACUCGUGGAGCGAGCUGUACUCCUUCGCCCUGUUCAAAGCCAUGAGUCACAUGCUGUGUAUCGGUUAUGGUCGCCAAGCCCCAGAGAGCAUGUCUGAUAUCUGGCUGACCAUGCUCAGUAUGAUCGUGGGCGCCACCUGCUAUGCCAUGUUCAUCGGCCACGCCACGGCCCUCAUCCAGUCCCUGGACUCAUCCCGGCGCCAGUACCAGGAGAAGUACAAACAAGUGGAGCAGUACAUGUCUUUCCACAAACUGCCAUCUGACUUCCGACAGAAAAUCCAUGACUACUACGAGCACAGAUACCAGGGCAAGAUGUUUGAUGAGGAGAGCAUCCUGGAAGAGCUUAAUGAACCACUGCGGAAGGAAAUUGUCAACUUCACUUGCCGUAAGCUAGUGGCGUCCAUGCCCCUGUUUGCCAAUGCUGACCCCAACUUUGUGACGGCCAUGUUGACUAAGCUCCGCUUCGAGGUCUUCCAGCCCGGAGAUUACAUCAUCAGGGAGGGCACCAUUGGCAAGAAGAUGUACUUCACCCAACAUGGUGUGACCAGUGUCCUGACCAAAGGAUCCAUGGGCAUGAAGCUCUCAGAUGGAUCCUACUUUGGAGAGAUCUGUCUGUUGACCCGAGGCAGACGGACGGCCAGUGUGCGAGCGGACACGUACUGCCGUCUCUACUCCCUGUCUGUGGAUAACUUUAAUGAGGUGCUUGAGGAGUACCCCAUGAUGAGACGAGCCUUCGAGACUGUGGCAAUCGACCGACUGGACCGGAUAGGGAAGAAGAACUCCAUCCUAAUGCACAAGGUUCAGCAUGACCUCAAUUCGGGCUUCUUCAACAACCGGGAGAACGAGAUGAUCCAGGAGAUUGUGAAAUAUGACCGUGAGAUGGUGCAGCAGGUGGACCUGCAGAGGCCCCGUGCCAUGUCCAUGUCCAACCCACCCACACAUGGUGGCAUCUUCACCCCCCCUGGCCCUCCCCAGAGCUCAGCCAUCGCCACACUCCAGCAGGCUGUGGCCAUGAGCUUCUGUCCCCCCAUGGUAGGCCCUCUGGCAGGGGCUGGGGCCCUGCAGUCCCCCCGGAUGGUGCGGAGGUUCCAGGUGAUGCAGAGCGUAUCCAGCCCAGUGCCAGCCUCCCCUCCCCCCCAGACCCAGCAGACCAUGCAUCCCCAGCUGCACGCCAGUGGUGCAUUCGCCACGGCCCUCUCCAGCCCCCCCAUCCAGAGCCCCCUAACUGCUGGGGGACGGACAUUCCAGUACAGCCCCUCUUCUGGCUCCCAGCUCUCCCUGGUCCAGAAAGUCAUGCCCAGCCCCACACACAGGCCCAACACCCAUAACAGCACCCGGUCUCUGCACAUGGGCAGUCUGAGUCAGGACGCCAGGGCACUGUCCGCCUCUCAGCCCUCCCUGCCCCAGGGAGGGGCUCAGCCCGUGGCCCCCUGCCCAUCACAGUCCAUCCGUGUCUCCUCCACCUCCAUCGGGCCCCCUCAUACCCACUCGGGCCCUGCAGGGGUCAGGAGCGCUGUGACUCUUAGGAUGGUGCUUCCCCACCAGAUGUCUGUGGGGGCGUUACCUCUAGCCUCCCUCCCGGGGACUGUUACAUCUCUGGGGAUGGGCAUGGGGGUGGAAAUGGGGGUGGGCAUUGGGGUGGGCAUGGGAGCAGGCAUGGGGGCAGGCUUGGCGCCAGCCCUGCCAGACUCAGGAUUACCCAGGAAGGACUCUAUAGCCAGCCUCCCUGAGACAGACCGUGUCAGAUCGAGGCUCUCUUCCAAUUUGUGA